AUGUCGGAAGAUGAAGACGCCGUUCGUAGCCGCCUCAUUGGUGAGUCGGACGUGCUAGCAGCCGUAAUGAGCGAGUAUCUGGAUGAGAAUGCGAGCAAGAAGGACACGUCAGCGGCUACAGUGUGUCUCGGACGUGUAUUCAUGACUACGUUUCGCUUUCAGUUCGUACCCGAUGAGCACGAGUACGACCGUGCACGGCGUCACCUGCUGAACCGGAGCGAAGACGAGAUAAAGAGCUUUUUUCUUAUCCCUCUGGGCUGCAUUGCAUCAAUCAAGAAGAAGAAUUCAAUUGUGGAAAUUUCCACGAAAGACUUACGUCAAUUGUCAUUCCGAUUCGAUGUCGUGGAGAUCACAAAGAUAUUCUCCGUGUUGACGACGUACGUGUUUCCGGAUAAAACUGAGUUUUUGUUCGCGUUCUAUCAUAGACUGUCAGAGAAUAUGCUGGAAGAAGAACCACUAUUGCCGUGCUCUUUGGACUGGGAUGUCUAUAAUGAUCAGGUCGAGUGGGAAAGGCAAGGCGUGUUUGAAAAUGGAAAGUGGAGAGUCACGAACUGUAACGCCAAUUUCUGCGCGAUUGAUACGUACCCAGAGCGACUUGUUGUCCCGGUUGACGUGACAGAUGAGGUGCUUUUAGAUGCCAUGAACUUCCGCUCUCUCGGCCGUAUCCCGUGUCUGACGUGGCUAAAUGAAGUGAACGGAGCUACCUUGUGUCGGUCUAGCCAACCAAAGGUUGGAAUGUCAAAAGCUACAUCAUCCGCAGACGAAAGCUUAGUUGCGGGAAUCGCAUCGUCAAGUCUGUUGCAGGACCAACUGCAAAUAAUUGACUGCAGGCCGAUGUCGAGCGCACUGGCAAAUCGCGCAAAAGGGUAUGGCGUCGAGAGCUCUGUCAACUACAAAAAUUGCACAGUGAGCUUUAUGGAAGUCCCUAAUAUCCACUCUAUGAGAGAAAGCAUGAGAAAGCUGCGCAACCUCUGUGCGUCGCCUUCAUGUGACAAUUUGCGGUGGCUUGGAAGUGUCGAAGACACGAAGUGGCUAGUCUAUAUUCGCCAGCUUCUGAAGGCAGGUCUUCAUGUGGCGGCGCUACUUCGAUCGGGGGAAUCGGUAUUGUUGCACUGUAGCCAUGGCUGGGAUCGAACAAGCCAGAUCGCGUCGCUUGCUCAAAUUAUUGUGGACCCAUACUUUCGAACAUGGAAAGGGUUUCAAGUGCUGAUAGAAAAGGAAUGGCUUUCCUUCGGGCAUCCUUUUCAUCUCCGGCAUUCGCACGGUGAGAAAGCGGAUACGCAGGAGUCACCAAUCUUUAUCCAAUUUCUGGACUGUAUUUCGCAACUUGUUCGAAUCUACCCAACCUAUUUCGAGUUCAACGAAGGACUCCUGCUUUUACUAGCCGAUGCAUUGUAUUCGUGCCGUUUUGGAACAUUCUUUUUCGACUGCAAAAAACACCGCGAAGAUGCCGACUUGAAAAACAGGACUCCAUCGGUAUGGACCUGGGCAAAUGGCUUUAAACCACAGCUCACAGAGCAGACAUACGUUCCAAAGCUGGUCCUAAAUCCGCCAUUGGCUGGUUUGUUAAAGCGUGUUGCGCUCUGGGAUGCAAUGUUUAUGCGCUGGCCAGGCCAGCCGUUGGUGCAAGAGCCUCCGAUUUCUGCAAAUUUCUUUGCCGACAACACCCAGCGCACUCCAACCUGGCAACUGCCACAGAGUACGAUCAACGCUCUAAAUGUUGCGCUCACUCUUCAAUAUCGCGAAGCUCGAUUGAUUCAGGAGCUCAAGGAGCGCAUUGCGACUUUAGAGGAAAGUGUAAAUGGCCGUCGAGGUUCGAGGCAUUAG